AUGGAUCCAUUCAAAAAUAACGAUGUUCGUCCUCCAUUAAGAGAACUAUCUAACAACACCCUUGAAGAUGAAUGUCCAGAUGUGUCUAUAAGCAACGCAAGCAUCAUUGAUUGUACUAUACCGUGUGAUACCACUCCAGGAGGACGUGAUGAUGCAAGACAACGUAGGAGGGAAAGAGAAAGAGUACGAUAUGCUACGAUGAGUGCUGAAAAGAAAAAUGAAUUGAAGAAGCGUCGUGAGUCACGAAAAAAGGGAAAUGUUAUGCACCAUGAGUAUUUAGAAGUUUGCAACAUCCCUGCAAACAAGGACAACAGUAUUCAUCAAAACAAUGAAAUUGAGGAUGUUGAUGAUGAUUCUUAUCGGUUGCAUAAGAAUAACUCAUUUGAGGUGCAUAGAAGACUUGGCAGUGAAAAACUUUCCACACAUUUGUCAGAUGAAUGUCCACAGGUGUUUGUAAGCGACAGAAGCAUCAAAAAUCCGACUGUACAUUGUGAUAACACUUUAGGUAAUUACAUUUAUCUGUUAUGUUAUGUUAUUUAA